UGUAUAUUAAACAACUUCUUUUUCACAGCCUAAUAAUAUGUUUAGCAGACAGUAUCAUUAUUGAAAAAGCAAUUUAUCAAAAAUAUUUUUUUAAAUCUAUACCUCUAACCCAUUUCAAUUGAUUAGUUUGUAAAAAGUUGGAGACAAAAUCUAUUAUUCGUCUUUUAUCCUCAUUUAGGAAUGUCGGGUAUCAUAAAACUGGAAAAUCGAAAUAAAACAUAACAUGUGCUAUGAGCUUCAAGAGUAGAAUUAGCAUUGUGUAAGUGAGACUGCUUGUCUCUCAUGCUUCUUACUAACACGGGUACAGUUCACGAGUCAGCAUGCACGUGCCGCAAGUUCUUAUAUCAAUAAAAUUUUAUUACACGACCAUAAACACUCGAUAUAAAUAUAACACUUCCGCCAAGGAAAUACCAUAGUUUAGAGAUCAAUGUUUUACGACAAAUAAUGCAUAAAUCAAAGCAACAUUGAGAAAUAAUCGAUAAAACGCAUGGCAGAGUCGAAAUCGAUUUAUUUUUAUUUUGUUUCUAUAAUAAUUUAAAUGUUGUUUUACGUUUUCUAUUGCUCUGUGUUUUUCUUUGCUAUUUUGGCAUCAAAACCAGACCUAAAAAUAAAAGUUGCGACGGAAAAAUCAGAAGUAAUAUUCGCUGAUGUCAUCAAAAACAUAUCAAGAGUCAACAACGUGUUACAGGAGCUGAUCAAUAACUAUGAACAAUUACAGAAAAUAUAUAAAUCACAGGAGAACUUCGAAGCACCAGAAUACUCAAGCGAGAGUGACGCUGACCGAAACUUUAAAAGCCAACAGAAAUUCAACAAGAGGGACAAAGAAAGAAGUUUCAAUAAUGACGUAGAGGGAACCAAGUCUACGUCUAAUUUCUUACAAGCUACACAAAUGAUAUUCUCAGAAAACGAAGAACCUGACCCGGCUAACACAAAAACCGAAACAGGAAAAGAAAAUAAAUCAAAACACGACAAACCGCCUAAAAUAGAAAGACUGCAGAUCGAAGUAAAGACGACGGUGACGACCACAACGAAAAAAGACGAUUUAUCUUCAAGUGAAACAAGUAACAGCGAAGAAAGUAAGGAAUUGUCAAUCGUUGCAUCAACGACCGCAAAGUCAUCAACAACAACUGCCAGACCUAAAUCAUCUCCAAGCUCUAAGGAUGACGAUGACUCGACUGAAGAGGCAAGAGGAGAAAUAAUAUUCGUUGACACACACAAGAAAACGCAACAACUGAAAAAAUUGAAUCUUAAGUCCGAAUACCCAUCAGAAAAGUCAGAUGGGAACAAAAAUUCAGACGGGAAUAAAAACCUAGAUGGUUAUAAAAGUCAAGAUGGAAAUAGAGACCAAGAUGAAAACAGAGACUUAGACGGAAAUAAAAACCAAGAUAGUUAUAAAAAGCCGGACGGAAAUAGAAACCAAAACGUUUUUAAAAGCAUAGAAGGAAAUAUAUACCUAGAAGGUAUUAAAAAAGGUGACGUAAACAAACACCAAGAUGGAAAUAAAAAAGAUGAUGGAUAUAAAAACUCAGGUGGAAAUAGACAUCAAGAUGGGCAUAAAAGUCAUGUUGGAAACAAAAAUCAAGAUGGAUAUAAAAACCUGGAUCCAUACAAGAGCCUAGAUUCAAACAAAAAGUCAGAUAGCCAUAAAAGGUCUAAAACAAGACACAGCGUCAAAGAAGUACAUGGGAGCAAGGGGAAGGAUGCUAGCUACAGUAAUAAGAAGACACCUGGUCGGUUGCUACGCGACGGACUACACAACGUGUCGACUACAGCCGAAGGCGGCUACUUGCAUUUGGAAUUUUACCCCUCAAGCUCAGGAUGGUCGCAUGAACCAGUUACUAAGAGGCUAAAGCAUGUUAUACUUUCCAGUAGAGGCGCUGAUGGAAAACGAACCGACACAAAACCUCUGAAUUUAAGAUCUCAAUCAGUAAAUAAGACGAAAGUUACUGAGGCCAAAAAUGAUUUACAAAGCGACAUAUCAGAUUCAAUUUCACAAAUCACGGAUGAUGACGCCGCGAUCAAUAAGGACUUAUUCAAGACAAGUGUGUUACGACAAGCCUACGGCGACGCCUGUCUCAAACUUGUGGUCAGGAAGUGUUAUAAGGCAUGCAAAUCAGCAUUAUCAUCUUCGUGCCGAGCUUCUAAAUGCAAGGGCGAGCUCAAAGAGUUUUUCGAUAGAAGCGCUCGGACUGGAUGCAUCCAGUUCUUCAACGCAUCCCUGGACAAAAACUCCUACGAGCCAUUACGAGACAAUAAAUAUCUUAAAGGACCUCAUGUGGAUAUGACAAGGGAAGGAUAUUUAUCAGUGGCUUGUCUGCCGGAAACAGAGACUGGAAUGGCAAUACCAUCCCCAGCCCAAAAAGACACAACAUCAGCGAAACCCGAAACGAAAGAGCUCAACAUACUUCGGGAUCGAUACGAGAAGGCUUGCCAAAGGACCUCCCAGUCGAAAUGCCACAGUGCUUGUAACUACGCGCAAAACGCCACAUGUGUCAAAUACGAGUGCACGAAGCAAUUAAAGAAGAGCUUUAGAAGGAACUGCAAAACGCAGUGCAAGACAGCGUAUGUGUAUAAGGGUGGUAAGAGUAAGAGUGGGAGCGGGAGUAGUGGCAGCAGUAGUGAUAGUAGUAGCGGAAGUAGUGAUUCUAGCUCUUCUUCAUCGUAAGUAAGGAGGACGUAUGGAGUGGAGAAACAAAAACCAAAUGUGAAGCAUCGUGGAUAAGAUGGUAUAAAAAGGAAAAUACCCCAAAACGUAUUUUAAUAUAAUUAACGCGGUACUUCUUUUCAUGUUUUCUGUUUUGGUACAGAUAAAUUUGUGUUAUUUGUAAGAUAUAUGUGUAAUUAGUUAUUAAAUAAUUUUCAAGUAUUUCUGUUUUUCUUUUAUGUUCCUUAGAAUUCCUAAUACUUGUUAGGACGUUUUGUGGUAUGGAGAAUGAGAGAUAUCCUGAGACAACUCACACACGGUUAUCUGAUCCCAAGCUAAGCAGAGCUUG